AUGACGCGUCCUCCGUCGCUCAUCUCGUCGCCAUGGGCAAUAGCGCUGCUGGCGGCAGUCGUGGCGGUUUCACUAACUGCCAAUGUCUCGUUAGGAGCUUCUUCCUCAGCGCGGCCUGCCAUAAGCAGGAGUCCGCGCAAGAGAACCUCCGCGCCCUCCGCACCUCCCCCGUCCCCCUCGUCUCAAACCCCCGAGCCAGAGAAACACAGGACAGAGCAGUCAGUGGGGGGCGUUGGCGGCGCGUCCCCGCUAACGACGCUGACGCUACUGCCGGACAAUCCGUACAAGGCCAAAUGCCUCGACGGCAGUCCCCCGGGGUAUUACUUCCGCCAAGGCGUGGGCACCGGCGCGAACAACUGGUUGAUCGAUCUCCCCGUGGGCGGGUGGUGCACCACCGUGCAGGAAUGCGCGGACCGCGCGCGGACCGAGUUCGGCUCCACGCGCCGCUGGCCCAGAGUGCUCGGCGGAGGAAGCGGGCCGGAAGGCUCGGGGACCGCCGGCGCUUCCGCCGUGGCGGACGCCGUGUACCAGUAUUCGGUGACGGCGGCGGGCGCAAGGUCGUCGUCGCGCGGCAUUCUGAGCACCGAUCCGCGCGUGAACCCCACGUUCCACAACUGGAACCUCGUGCGCUUCGUGUACUGCGACGGCGGCGGGUACGCCGGUCGAGUGCGGUGGAAGCCUGUGAACUCGAGCCUCAUCGUGUACCUGGACGGCUGGAGAAUAUCCAAGGCUAUCUUCAUGGAUCUCCGCACGCGGCGCGGGCUGACGUCAGCGACCAACAUCAUCAUGUCGGGGAGCUCCGCGGGCGGGCAGGCGGUGGUGACGCUGUGCGACCAGCUGGCGGAGAUGGCGCCUGCCGCGCGCACCAAGUGCCUCAUGGACUCGGGCUUCUUCAUCGACUCCCCCGACCGCGCGGGGGUGUAUUCUUUCCGCGCCAUGGCGCAGCGCCUGGUGGGGUUGCACCAGUCGCUGGGGAAUCCGCGCUGCCAGCGGGCGCCUGGUGGGGCUGCACCAGUCGCUGGGGAAUCCGCGCUGCCAGCGGGGUGA